GGAUCCAAGUAUCCAACACCCCCCAACAACCACUGUACCCUCUCUCUCUUUUUCUCUCUACUACUCAAAAACAAACACGAAAACAACGAGGAACUCAUACACGACGACGGUAACCCCACCACCUCUCACCUCCUCUCCUCCUCCGCCUCGAUCUCGGUCCUACGCUCUUCGACUCGUCGCGAGCACUGAGAUCGAUCGAAGCUCGAAGCGCGCUCUGAUCCGAUCUAAGAUCCGUGGAAGAUUCUUUCUCGAUCGAAUCUUCGCUUGAGUGAUAUAGUGCUGAGAAUUUAUCAAUGAUCGUAACUUUGGAGCAAAUUGGAGAUGAAAAUGGCCCUAGAUGGUGAAUUCUUUUGGAUGAGAAGGUGAUUGGAUGGGCAUUACGUGUUCGAGGAAAUGUCACUGAAACUUUCUCAGAGCUUCGCCUUCUUUAGAAGCUUGGGAUUGUUUGAUGACAAGAAGGAGACCUCGGGGGCCAAGCAGGAAGCAUCUCCGACUUUGAAGGUUCAGACGGAUAAGGAGAUAUAUAGGCCUGGUGAUUCGGUCACUGCUACUAUAGAGAUUUGCAGCCCGAGAAGUUCUAAGGAGGAUACUGAGAAGGAGGACUUUAGUUCGCUCUUGAUCGAUAACGUCAGUUUUGAAGUUAAAGGUAUCGAGAAGUUGGAUACGCAAUGGUUCUCCACUCAGAAACCAUUGCCGGGAUCGAAGCAAAGGAGAGGUGAACGAUUGUUUCUAGAUUGUACAGCACCUUCGAUAGUUUCAAAAGUGAUAGUUACUUCUGGACAUACCAAAACAUAUAUAGUACGAGUCGAGCUUCCAAAUAUUUUGCCACCAUCAUACAGGGGCAUCAGCAUUCGCUAUAUUUACUAUGUUAGAAGUACAUUAUAUGCAAGGUGGCUUGUUCUGGAUAAUCCAAAUCACGAUAGAGGAUCCACAAAUAAUUUGAUUCAACUGGAAGCUCGGGCUCCAUUGCAAAUCUGGGUUUCUCAGAAGAGCAGCAAUCUGCUUAAUGAAGAAGGGAAGUUACUGAUUUCUGAUGAUCAACUGAAUAUUUUUUGGAAAGAGAAAGAUGACGACUCUGAAUGGGCUAGAGCAAAUGAGAAUGUGGAUGGCUUCGAAGAAGGAUAUGAUAGCUCAAGAGAUGAAGUCUCGUCUGUUUCCUCGUACAACCCUGCCAAAGCAAAUGUUGACUUUGUUCACAGGAAUUCCUUAUCUAUGCAAUCAAUGUCGACACGACUUUCCACCAGUGAGCUAUACAAUUCUCAUGGAGAGCACUCUGGUUUUCCAUCUUAUGCUGCCCUUCCUCGACUUUCUAUAUCGGAGGUCAUAGAUGAUCCUGGUGGAGCUAUACAAUCUCCUCAAAUGAAGCUAAAUCAUUCUUCGUCUACUGUGUCGCCGGUGGAAAGAAAUUCUACAAAUUCUUAUUUCCUUAAAGAUGAAGUCGGAUCCCCAUUCACACCCAAACAUGUUGAACCUACUGCAUCAGAAGGCUUCAUUCGAGGAAGAUCCUACAAUAUCAGAAUAGGCGACCAAGUUUUGCUUCGCUUUUCACCAAGAAACUCUGAUUCAACUUAUUACUUUGGUGAUAUGAUUGGUGGCACCCUCACCUUUUUUCAUGGGGAGGGAGUUCGAAGAUGCCUUGAGGUAUCAGUAACAUUGGAAACUUCAGAAACAAUCAACCAGCGUGUAAUACAUCCUUCUAGAAAGGGCUCGCCCACAAUCACAAAGGUUCAUAGCGAGCACCAUGAGGUUGUUGCUGAUUUACUUCAGACAAGUUUCCUUUUCUCGAUUCCUAUUGAUGGGCCCACGACGUUCUCCACCUCAAAGAUUUCGGUACAAUGGUAUCUACGUUUUGAAUUUUUCACUACUCCUGAGGAUCUGGACCUGAGAAGAUACGAACACCCUCUCUUGAUCGAGCAAAGGGAAAAGGGGGAUUGGGUUCUCCCAAUAUCUGUAUAUGCACCUCCUUUACGUAGACAAGCUGCAGAGACGAGAAAUGAAAGGUCCUUGUCUCUUGGAAAUUUGCUUCCUCCUUAAAAGAUUCGGUGUGCGCACGUCAAUCAGAAUACCGAGUGCCCACCAAAAUCAAGCAUGGGCCGCGAAUGGACAUUGACAAUCCGAUCGUUCACAACAUUUCCGCGAUCGUUUAUCAAUCGUUCACAACAUUUCUGCGAUUGUUUCGUGGGGGCGCGCACGCUUAUGAUUCUGAAUGUUGAGGCAUUUACCAUUCUUGUGUUAGUCCUUGUCUCUGUCAGAUGUAUUUGGCCACCCCUUCGUUAACACACAAUCUCUUUUCGAUGCCAUACAUGCGCGUACUGACGCUGGAUAACAUUUCUGUUCUUCUCUUUACUGAAACGUACGUGCUGUUGUUACAUGUACAAACGAGAAUGCCGCCGCAGUUCUAAUUUCCUGAUCAUUUUUGUGUCGACAUUGAUCUCAUUUUUCUUAGUUACUCAAAACUCUGGAUUUUGCUGA